AUGAAACUAGUUUUCCUCUUUUUGGUAUUUAUAACAUUAGUUACGGCGAAGAAAUCCGGGGAUGUAACGGAGCUCCAGAUCGGUGUGAAGUAUAAGCCUGCAACUUGUGAAGUUCAGGCUCACAAGGGCGAUAGAGUGAAAGUACACUAUAGGGGAAAGCUUACAGAUGGAACUGUUUUUGAUUCCAGCUUUGAAAGGGGUGAUCCAAUUGAAUUUGAGCUUGGUAGUGGUCAAGUGAUUAAAGGAUGGGACCAAGGGCUCCUAGGAAUGUGCUUAGGGGAGAAGAGGAAGUUGAAAAUUCCUUCUAAACUUGGUUAUGGGGAUCAGGGGUCCCCUCCUACCAUCCCAGGGGGUGCUACACUUAUCUUUGACACAGAGCUGGUAGGAGUCAAUGGGAAAACAUCCAUUGGGAAAUCAGAUGGCAGUGAACUAGAAAAGAUGGAUGAGGAUUUUGAGAUGCCACCACCGGAGGGUAUGGAUGACAUGGAUCUGCCGGAAGACAGUUCCUACAUGAAGGUUGGGGAGGAAAAGGAGAUCGGAAAUGAAGGAUUGAAGAAGAAGCUUGUCAAGGAGGGGGAAGGCUGGGAUACCCCCGAAAAUGGUGACGAAGUUGAAGUUCAUUAUACUGGAACCCUGCUGGAUGGUUCUAAGUUUGACUCCAGUCGUGAUAGAGGGACGCCAUUCAAGUUCACUCUCGGCCAAGGGCAAGUAAUCAAGGGAUGGGACCAAGGUAUCAAAACGAUGAAGAAGGGUGAAAAUGCUAUUUUUACCAUACCUCCAGAGUUGGCAUAUGGUGAAUCUGGUUCUCCUCCUACUAUUCCUCCAAAUGCCACUCUACAGUUCGAUGUUGAAUUACUGUCCUGGGUCAGUAUAAAAGACAUCUGCAAGGAUGGUGGAUUAUUCAAGAAGAUUCUUAACGAGGGAGAGAAAUGGGAGAAUCCCAAGGAUCUUGAUGAAGUGCUCGUCAAAUACGAGGUUCAACUGGAAGAUGGUACUGUAAUUGUGAAAUCAGACGGAACUGAAUUCACUGUUGGAGAAGGUCACUUCUGUCCUGCUCUCGCCAAGGCUGUGAAGACGAUGAAGAAGGGUGAAAAGGCCCUUCUCACAGUCAAGCCACAAUAUGGAUUUGGGGAGAAGGGCAAACCAGCCUCUGAUGGGGCUGGAGCUGUCCCAGCAAAUGCGACGCUGAACAUCACUCUGGAGCUGGUAUCUUGGAAGACAGUUUCCAAUGUCACAGAUGACAAGAAAGUUGUUAAAAAGACAUUGAAAGAAGGGGAGGGAUAUGACCGCCCAAAUGAAGGAGCUGUUGUAAAAUUGAAAUUGGUUGGAAAGCUAGAAGAUGGUACUGUCUUCAUUAAGAAAGGUCAUGGGGAAAAUGAAGAUGAUCUUUUUGAAUUCAAGACAGACGAAGAGCAAGUCAUAGAGGGGUUGGACAGGGCUGUAAUGACAAUGAAGAAGGGAGAGGUAGCACUAUUGACAAUUACACCUGAGUAUGCUUUUGGUUCGUCUGAGUCGCAACAAGAGUUGGCUGUAGUUCCUCCAAACUCGACUGUGUUCUAUGAUAUCGAGCUCCACUCUUUUGAAAAGGAGAAGGAAUCUUGGGAUAUGAACACCCAAGAAAAGAUUGAAGCUGCUGUAAAGAAAAAGGAGGAAGGCAAUGUGCUGUUCAAGGCCGGGAAAUAUGUGAGAGCCUCCAAGAGAUACGAGAAGGCUGCCAAGUACAUUGAGUAUGACACCUCCUUUAGCGAGGAAGAAAAGAAACAGUCCAAAGCACUGAAGAUCACUUGCAAUCUGAACAGCGCAGCUUGCAAGUUGAAACUGAAAGAUUAUAAGCAGGCAGAGAAGCUGUGUACUAAGGUUUUGGAACUCGAGAGUACAAAUGUGAAGGCACUUUAUAGAAGAGCUCAAGCAUACAUGAACAUGUCCGAUUUGGAUUUGGCCGAAUUCGAUAUUAAGAAAGCUCUUGAAAUUGAUCCUGACAACAGGGAUGUGAAGCUGGAGUACAAAGCUCUCAAGCAGAAGGAGAAGGAGUUCAAUAAGAAGGAUGCCCAAUUUUACGGGAACAUAUUUGCUAAGAUGAACAAGAUGCAGCCAUUUGAAGCUAAUAAAACAGAAAAUGGUGCUUAA